AUGUCAAACACCCCUGUUACCGAAAUCAUCACGCUCACGAGCAAUGAUGCGAUGAAGACAACCCCCAAGUUCCAGGAGGCCGUCGAGCUCUUGCGCCAGUCCACUUUUGAAGGCCUCCAACGGAUGUACUGGGGCGAUCGCGUCCAGCAGCCUGGAAUCAGGCAGUGGUUCAUCAAUUGGGAUAGCCGCCCUCAGAGGUCUGAGUCGACGGCCGCGAUAGCGGCGCAGAUCAAAGAAAAGCUUGACGCAGUUGUUGACUGUCCUCCGACGCGCAGGCUCGUCGCUUUCAAUCCCUACCCACCUACCAAAUGCUUUGCUGCGCCGUUCACAGAAGUCAUUAUCAGCACUGUAAAGCCUGAGACCGACCUGAAUGAAUUCAGCAAGAUCGUCGACGCAUCGUUGGAAGUCUGUCAUGACUUCAAGGGAUGCUACGGAACUGCGUGGGGGUACGUUGUUGGUACAGAACACGCGAACGAAGUAGUGUUGUUGCUUGGAUGGGAAAGUCCAGAGCAUCAUGUUGCGUUUAUGAAGACGGAGCCUGCCAGAAUAACAACAGCUCCUUACGUUGAGGGAGUAGAGGACUCGACCGUCUUCUACGUUCAAUCACAAGAUGCAUGA